AUGGAGAGGCGGGAGCAACAGUGGGGCUCCGAGACUCCCCCACGCUGCGAGUACGCUGCGAUCUCUCCGCUACUCGUCGACAUUGCUCUUCACUCUUCUUAUUACCCCAGUUCUGCCGCGGUCGAGUUCUUUGCCGAGCUGGACGGGCAGUUGGACGACAAUGUCGUGGUGCAGAUCAAGUACGGGCCCAUUGACGUCCAGGUCCGCGAGCCCGUCUCGCCGCUCUGGGGGGACAUGUUACGCGAAUGA